AGACCGGACCGGAUCCCCGGUGAAAAAACCGUAAGAUUUUUUUGGGACUCUUCCAUCUUCUCCAUUCUGGAAACCUAGCCGCAACGCCUCCCCCCAUCUCCGCCGGAAACCGAGCCGCCUCUCCUCCUUCUUCUUCACCCUCACAGACCUACACACUAUUCUCAGCAGAAAAUACACACUCCCUCUCAGCUGGAACAAAAGCUGGGAUAAGUUAAGUGAAGAUCUAAAAAUCCCAAAAGCUUGAAACACAAAAGAACUGGAAUUUCUAAAGGAAGUAAGAAUCGAUUUCAAAACUCUACUUUUUUUUUUCUGGUUUGCACAAGCAGUAGAAGUCGAGUUCCUAGCUGUUUUGCCGAGUUCGAAUCUGUCGCUGCUGAUGCUUCGACCAUUGCAGUGUUGGCCUUAUUCGGUUCAUCUUCCUUCUUUGCCUUAUUGAGAGGUUAAAUUGAAGGAAGACAGGAAAAUUAAGGGAUAGAUAGGCGUGGAGAUUGAUUCGCAAUCUAGUCGUGUUGUACUACUGGUUUGAAGCCCGAGCGUUUAGUUUGACCCAUGCCCAAGAACGCCUCUGGUUGAGUGGUCAAACAAAUCAAAACCGAAUACGGAUCCAAAAAUAUCCGACCGAUUUUUGGUCCGCCAAUUUCAAACGACGCCACCGUUCCUUCUUCUCGGCGGUUCGAUUGAACGGAGCCACCGUCCACCACCAGCUGCGAACUCGUUUUCUCCGGCGAAAUCGAACAUGAAGUUGAAAGAACUAUGAAUAUACAUUUGAAUACUGUGUGACAAGGAUGCCAGGCAUACCUUUAGUGGCUCGUGAAACCACGCAUUACACUUGCUACUGCAGUUAUUCUACAGUUACGGACUCAAUGUGCAGGCAAGAUUUUGCUACACAUUUGUCAGCAGAGGAGAGGAUUGCUGCUGAAGAAAGCCUUUCAACUUAUUGCAAACCUGUUGAACUCUACAACAUUCUCCAACGUCGUGCCGUUAGAAAUCCUUCCUUCCUUCAAAGAUGUUUACAUUACAAAAUUCAAGCAAAGCACAAAAAGAGGAUUCAAAUGGCAAUAUCUGUGCCAGCAACUGUGAACGAUGAAUCACAGGUCCAGAGUGUUUUUCCUCUGUGUGUCAUUUUGGCAAGGCCAGUAUCAAAUACCGCAGGUGCUGAGGCACAUUCUGCUGUCUAUCAAUUUAGGCGGGCAUGCAUAUCAACUUCUUUCACAGGAGUUGAUGGAAUAAAUCGAGCUCAAGCAAAAUUCUUUCUUCCCGAGAUGGAUAAACUUUCAGCUGAAAUAAGGGCUGGCUCUCUUGUCCUCCUGUUUGUCAGCUUUGCUGAACUUGCUAGAGAUCAUUUGGAUACAUCUUCAUUUCCAUUGAAUCUUGAAGGGCACUGCUUGUUGGGAAGAAUGCCAAUGGAAUUACUUCAUCUAUUGUGGGAAAAGUCUCCCAAUUUGUGUUUAGGGGAGAGAGCUGAGAUGUUGUCAACUGUUGACUUGAGCCCUUGUUUUAUGAAGACAAGCUGUUUGGACAAAGACAGACAUAUUUCCUUUCAGUAUCCCCGUAGUUCUGCGGCUCUGGCAACAAUACAGCAGCUGCAAGUCAAAAUUGCUGCAGAAGAAGUUGGUGCAGGAGAAAAAUCAGCUUAUGAUUCUUUCUCCUAUGAUGACAUUCCUACGACUUCAUUGCCUCGAAUAAUACGGUUGAGGACAGGAAAUGUUGUCUUCAACUAUAGGUACUAUAACAACAAGUUGCAGAGAACAGAAGUGACUGAGGGCUUCACCUGUCCUCUCUGCUUGGUAAAAUGUGCCAGCUUUAAGGGUUUGAGAUAUCACUUAUGCUCAUCUCACGAUUUGUUCAACUUUGAAUUUUGGGUAAAUGAAGAAUAUCAAGCUGUAAAUGUAUCUGUGAGAAGUGACAUGUGGAGAUCUGAGAUUGUUGCUAAUGGCGUUGAUCCUAAGCAACAAACAUUCUUCUUUUGUUCAAAGCCACUAAGACGGAGGAAACGGCAGGAUUUAUUUCAAAAUUCAAAGUAUGUGCACCCACUUGUUUUAGAUUCAGAUUUCCCUACAUCAACAAAUGGGCUCAAUGACAAGAUUAAUGGUGUUGCUGAGGCUGUAGAGUGUGAUCCAUCAAGUCCCAAUGGUGCAGGCGUUUCUUCUGCAACUGGUCACUUGUAUCCAGAUCCUGACUCUGUGCAAUCAGUACCAGGAAGCACUCUUGCACCCCCAGCACUGCUUCAGUUUGCCAAGUCAAGAAAGUUAUCAGUUGAGCGCUCUGAUCCCAGAAAUCGUGCACUCCUGCAAAAAAGGCAAUUCUUUCAUUCUCAUAGAGCCCAGCCCAUGGCACUGGAGCAGGUUUUAUCAGAUCGAGACAGUGAGGAUGAAGUUGAUGAUGAUGUUGCAGAUCUUGAAGAUCGAAGGAUGCUUGAUGAUUUCGUGGAUGUUACCAAAGAUGAGAAGCAAAUGAUGCAUCUAUGGAACUCAUUUGUUAGAAAGCAAAGGGUGUUGGCAGAUGGUCACAUUCCUUGGGCAUGUGAGGCUUUUUCAAAGCUGCAUGGUGAGGAGUUCGCCCGAGCACCAGCCUUGCUGUGGUGCUGGAGAUUAUUCAUGAUCAAACUGUGGAACCAUGGCCUUAUUGAUGCGCGUGGAAUCAACAAUUGUAACCUAAUACUAGAGCAAUUCCAAAGCCAAGACAAUGAUUCUACUAGAAGCUGAAUACCCGUGUGACAAUAUUUCACAAUCUAGCAAUGGAUUUGGUAGUGAUACAGCUUUGUGGCUGGAUCUACAUCUCCAAAUUUUCAAUUUCUGUUUUCUUAAUGUUAUCGUGGCUAGAUGACUGUUUUGUCUUUUAAGGGUAAGAUUCGCUAAUUUAAUGUGUUAUAGAGGUCAUACAGUGGCAUCUGCCAUUCUAAAUUAGAAAUUAAUGAUUCACAUUGUUCAAGGGCUCUAUUAUAUCUUCAGUCUGAUUCUUUUUCA